CGUCUCUCCAAUCUUCUCUCGUCUUCGUCCUCAAAAAAGGCCCAUCUCGAAAGCGAGAGCGCCAAACGAAUCAACCCCCAAACUCCGCCGCCCCCUCCGCCUCGCCGAUCCGCUUCCGCGGGGCCUCCCCGGCGACACCCCGCCGCGCCGCCUCAGCCUGACUUGUCGGUUGCAACGGAGGGCCAAUGCCACUCUUCAAGAGGAAACCUUUCUCCUUAUUGGAGCCCCCUAAGGACAUAGAUCCUAAGGAGAAAGUUUUCCAAAUUCGGUUCACAAGGGAGAUAUUCCGAGAAUACCAAGAUUACAUAAGCAGGUUGAAUCUUUAUCGCCAACGAGUUUGGACAUGUAAGAUAUCUGGGAAAUCAAAUUUGACUUUUGAAGAAGCUUUGGUCUCUGAGCAUCAUGCUGUGGCAAAGGCUCAGAAAUUACCAACAGAAUUAAUGGCUCCUGUUCUUCGGAUGAUUCAAUACAGCACUGUUGGCUUAUAUGAGCUUGUUGACAAGAUAUAUGCUAGUCUACAGGAAUAUGUAUUUGAAGGAUUAGAAUUACAUGCUAAACAGGAUGGUUUAGAGGCUGCUUGCAAGAUUUUAAAGAUUUUAGAGUCUGGUGGCACUAAGAUGUAUGAAGUUGGUUGGCUUCUUCGGGACAAGACUAUCAUCAGUAUUUCAGUAAUCAAAGGUGAAGACUUGAUUCACAGGAGGCCGCCUGUUAGUAGGAAUACAUUGAAGAUUUUUAUUAGAGAUGCAACGUCACAAAAUAACCCAUGGGUUAUACAUGAAAAUCUUGCCAAAAGAUAUGGCAUACCCACUGAACCCCCAAAUGACAUGAUGUUUGAUGAAGGUUUGCAAAAGAAAGGGAGGAAAAGACAUGAGGAUGGACCUAAAGGAAAUGCUAGGAAAAAGAUGAAGAAUGAUGAGGAACACAUAAAUGUUCCAGUUAAGUACCCAAUGGAUGAUCUCUUAGUACGACCUUCUGCAGAUGACCAUGUUUUAUCAAAGAGACUUCCUCUGGCUACAGAUUUUAGAGUACCAAGAUAUUCUGUGGGCGAUCUCCUUAUGGUUUGGGACUUCUGCUUGUCCUUUGGGAGGAUUCUGAACCUAUCCCCAUUUUCACUAGCAGAUUUGGAGAAUGCAAUUUGCCACAAAGAAAGCAACACUCUUCUUGUGGAAAUACAUAAAUCUAUAUUCCACUUGCUUAUUAAGGAUGAAGGUGACUAUUUCACUGUUCUGCGCAACAAGAAACGGAAGUUAAAGGUCACUUUGGUAACAUGGGCUGAGUAUCUCUGUGAUUUCUUGGAAAUGACAAAAAGUGAAGAACUCUCAAGCAACAUUGCAACAGUAAGAAAGGGUUAUUACAGUCUUAUUGACACUGAUGUAAAACUUAAGAUUCUCCGGGAACUAGUAGAAGAAGCCAUCACAACUUCUCCUGUAAGAGAGAAACUAAGUGAAUGGGUGGACCAGCGGCAAACACUUGCUGCAACUAAAAGAGAGUGUACUAGGAAGGCAAAAGACGAGCAGAACUCAAGCAUUGAUGCAGUGCAAGAUGAUAAUGGGAAUGUUGAUGAGCAGGGUAAGGGGAAAGAAGAAAAGGAUAAGAACAAUAUCUCUCGAAGCAAGAAAAAUGGGAAACGACAUGGGCACCUUGAAAUGGAGAUUGACAAAUUAUCCAUCCGUUCCAGCCCCCUUGGAAAAGACAGACACUAUAACAGGUAUUGGUUUUUCAGACGAGAAGGAAGGCUUUUUGUUGAAAGUGCAGAUUCAAGAGAAUGGGGAUAUUACAGUACUAAGGAAGAGCUUGAUGCUCUAAUGUGCUCACUGAACAUGAAAGGUAUAAGGGAGAGAGCUCUUAAACAGCAGAUGGACAAGUUGUACAGUAAGAUAAGUAAUGCUCUGGAGAAACGAUCAAAAGAGAUCACAAACAAAUUGUUGCUCGAAGAGGUUGUACUGCGCCGUUCCACACGUGUUCAGGCUCAACCAAGGGAUAACCCUUCCAUGGCAUUCCUGAAGUAUGUCAAUAAAUGGAAGGAUAACUGAACUACAAGGCGACAGUUUGUCAGUAGAUGGGAGAUAAUUAGCUAGAUCACAUGGUUUGUUUCAGGAAUAUAUGAAGGUCUGAUGAGGUGGUCUUAUUUGUUAGCCAUUCCUCAUGGCUGCUCUUUGAGCAAUCAUUACCAGGUAGCAAAACCAAAGGACUCGUUGGCUUACACUGGACUUAGUUGAGCUAUAUACCCAGUGUAAUUCAUCUUACAUGUAAACAUGAUGUUAGCCUUAGGGACCAUGAAUUGGUAACCUUAUAUGCUGCUGACGUUAUGUCUGUUUGGUUGUCAAUCGCAUGACACCUUUCUUUGCUACUCCUAUGUUGUUUUCACUUUGGGUGUGCUUUACCAGAUUUAUAACUGCUUCGA